UGAAACACGAGUAUCGACGAAACAAGUAAAUAUAGUAGAAUUGUGAUAAGAUAGCAAAAUAUACGCAGGUCUGAAGUAUACAUGGAUAUUAGUUUACACAAUUGAACAUGUGGUAGCAGAAAUAUACACGUUGCAGUUGAUGUAUAUUUCUCAGCAACAAACUAAUUUUCAUAAAUAUUUUUCUGAAUAUUUGUUGACCGUGAAAUUUCUUUGAGUGCCUGACCGGGAGAUUUAAACUUUUUCACGUUGACUUUCAUUCUUUUCUGGAAAAUUUAUAGAAGUGUCUAAUAGUUAACUGUGGGAAAGUGGGGUGUGUGCGAUGUCCCUUCCUCAAUUCGGAUACAACUAUCCUACCACAACUUUGUCCUCUCCGUCACAGAUUCUAAUGUCGACCCCCACUACUUCUACGCUAUCCUCCGUUACCACGUCCUGCUGUGAGAAUGGUCGCCCCAUAAUGACCGAUCCCCACACGGGACAGACGGUGUGCUCCUGUCAGUAUGGGUCCGGUCUCCUCAGCGCCUACUCCCGGGUCCCCUCCCUCACCGACUCAGUCUACAGUGCCGGACCCUACGGGUCACAGAGCUACAUGCCCCUGGGAACGGACCCCUCAGCGUUUUAUUCCCCGUUGAAUUCUCCAUAUGACCUCAAGGACGGUUCGGAUGCAGCUUGGCGGAGUCUUUCCCAGCCGUCUGCCUGUUAUCCUUAUGAUCCCGCCAUGGCGGCAUAUCCUUACGGAAAUGCUUAUGGCGGAAUGGAUUUGAACGGAGCCGCCAGACGAAAGAACGCCACAAGAGAGACAACAAAUACGUUAAAAGCCUGGCUCUAUGAGCACCGAAAAAACCCUUACCCCACAAAGGGGGAGAAAAUAAUGCUGGCCAUUAUCACCAAAAUGACUUUAACCCAAGUCAGUACCUGGUUCGCAAAUGCUAGACGACGGCUUAAAAAAGAAAAUAAAAUGACUUGGUCUCCAAGAAAUCGUUGUGGGGAUGGGGACGACGAAAACAGUAAUGACAAAGCCGAUGAUGAUGACGACGAUGAGAAAAGAAAGACAGACGAAAACAGCAACGACCCCAUAAAACCUAAUGAAGAAAAGGACAGUUUUGAUAUUUUGAAAGUGAAAAAUGACCAGGAUGCAGUAAUUGAGGAUAAUUCAGUCUUCGGCGAUAAAAAUAGCAUGAUGAGCACAUUGACACCUAUAGGGGUAGUGGACAGCAUGCCAGCCCCCUCGAUGUCUACCACAGAGCUUAAACCCCCAAUAAUGGACCAUAAACGUCUAGAAUCCCCGUGUUCUAACAGCAGUGACUCGGGUCUCAGUGACAUAAACACUUCUCUAACCCUGAAUGCUUCCAAUAUGGAUGGAGGUGAUGGUCUCAGACCCCGGAUAUGGUCUCUUGCGCAUGUUGCGACUUCUAAUUCUGGAUGCACAAAUACUACCUCUCAAGUGUCGAACGGAAAAGACCAAAACCUUCCUUUAAAUUUCUCAAAACUAGGUUCCCCUACCAUGCCCUCUUCUGCUACUACAAUGAGACCAUGGAUGGACAAUACGUUUUCUAUAGGUUCGUCAAUGUUUUCUACAAGUUCUUCUCCAGGUUACACAAACCUCAGUGCCAACAAUGGGGGUGGAAUGCUUGAUAAAAGUUCGUCUUUGUCCGGACUCUCUGGAUCCGGAUUUAACGGACUUUCAUCCGCCGGAAGUUCCCCGAUUCUUCGUCCCUAUCCCUCACUUUCAAACCUAUACUCCCCGGCCCGUGACGUUGGAACAAGGGGUAACGAAAGACUGACGAACCCAAUUGGAGAAGAUGCACCGACCAUAUCGUAUUAGGAUUCCUUAUGGGGACUAUCUUCUGGGAUCCGCGGAUGUUUCUUGAUGCAGCUGUCGUGAUAAGUUCAAAUUCUUCCGUGCUGUGAGACAUUUGGAGGGCGCUUAAGGACAAUGUGCGAUCCUAUCCAGUGCUUGGUGCAGACAAGAGUUUUCCUAACAAGGUUAAUAUGACUACGAAGGGAUUAAUAAAGACUGCGAUUAUUCUGAAGUGCUAAAUAUUCCACCAAGUGCUAUGAGCCAAGUGUUGUUUAUACUGAGUUGAUGCUAUCCGACAGGAAAAUUAGUCAGAAAUUGACAUUGGGAAUCUGGGUAACGUGUUUAUAUUUAUGUCUAAUCGUGUGUUGACAUUGGUCAUUGAGGGGGGGAUAUUGCCUCGUUGGAUUCUUUCACCCAGAUAGGGUCGGGCUCGGGCUCCACUUAAGAUCUCAAGUAGUCCGAUGUGGGAAUUAAUGCGCCAUCAGUCUUUUUACCUAUUGCGCUUUAAUUGAACUGAAGAGUGCUGUCACCUUCGACUUGAAAAAUGAGUUUGUUGAACAGAAACAAUGAUAAUACAAGAGCUUCGAGGCAAUAUUUAUUGAAAAAAAUGUAUGAAACGUUCUUUCAUUUUUCCUGUAAUAUUUUACCACAAAUGUAUGCAUUGCAAGAAAAAGGUCCUGAAUAGGUCUUGUAAAUAUUACUUUAGCAACACACGACACAAAUUACUACAAAUUAUGAAAAUUUCUGCAAACAUAACUUGGUGUACAGAUUCUUUAAUACUAGUAUGUGUCUCUACCUUACAAAAUUGUUUCCCCUUUUUAUGUAUCCUUGUUUAACAAGGUACAUGGGAAUAGAUUUAUAUGAUGGAGAAAUAAGAAAUAUUUAUUUUGAAAAUCUAUUUAUUAAUGAAAGCAUGUUUUUUUUAUUGGCCAUUUAAAAAGGCUGUUGAACACUGAUACUACAAUUUGAGAACAAAAUCUCAAUUCUUUUUUUGCAUUUGACACAAAACGAUAUUGAUUUUUUUGUCAACAUGUAGCAGUCUUUUUUCAAACGGAAUAAAAAAUA